GCUGGCGACGAAGAUGAUGCUCGAGAGCUUCCUCCACGAGUGAAUCGACUUCAGUUUCUUGUCCAACUUCCUCUUCCUGCCCUGCAGCUUCUCCACUGACCGUUAAUUUCCACCCUCGCCAAGCUCUGAAUCGGAUUCCACACACCCAAUUUCUCUGCUCCCCAAACCCAGAUUAACAAGAUGGACAGAAGCUGGAUGCAAGUUUCAAAUAGAUUGAGUAGAGAGUACAUUAAAGGAGUAGAUGAUUUCCUGGAUUUUGCAUCAACCAACGACAACGAGAAAGGUGUGAUUUUGUGUCCUUGCAAGAAUUGUAAUAAUGUCUUGCUCUUUACCAAAGAAGAAGUGAAGGCUCAUUUGAUCAUGAAUGGGAUUGUUAAAUCUUAUACAAGAUGGUAUUACCACGGAGAGAGCUUUGUCCAAGAUGACCAUUUUGUCGAUGAAUUGGUACCGGGGGAAGGUUGUGGUAGAAUGAUAGAUUUGAUUAAAGAUGUCAGAGGGCCUGAAGUUGUGGAUUCUAUAAUGCAUGAUGCCUCAGAAGAAGAUAUAGUUCAGCCAGAUCUAGAAGAACCUCCCAAGCAUAAUGGGACAACAAGUAAGUUUUUCAGGCUAUUAGAGGAUGCUGAACAAAAACUAUAUCCCAAUUGUGAGAACUUUACAAAGUUAUCAUUUAUUGUGAAGUUAUUCCAAAUCAAGUGCCUUUAUGGAAUAAGUGAUACUGCAAUUGAAGACAUAUUGAAGUUGUUUAAAGAGGCACUUCCUGCUGGAGAGACUUUGCCCAAAUCUUUUUAUAAAGCUAGAAGGAUGAUCAAAGAUUUGGGUCUUGAUUAUAGGGAAAUAGAGGCUUGUAGGAAUGAUUGUAUGUUAUUUUGGAAAGAGUAUGAAGAUGUGCAAAAUUGCAUACACUGUGGAGAGCCGAGGUACAAAGUGGAGGAAAAUUGUAAAAAAUUACCAAAGGGGAAAGGAGUGCCAUACAAAGUUUUGCGUUACUUUCCUUUAACCCCAAGGUUGCAGAGAUUAUUUAUGUCAUCAGAAGUAGCAUCAAGUAUGAGAUGGCAUCAUGAUCAGCGUUUGAAAGAUGGGGUUCUUAGACAUCCAGCAGAUUCUGAAGUGUGGAGAUCUUUUGAUAAGGCAAAUCCAGGUUUUUCUCGAGAACCUCGUAAUGUUAGAAUUGGGUUAUCUGCUGAUGGUGUCAAUCCUUUUGGCAAUAUGGACAGUUCUCAUAGUACUUGGCCAGUUAUUGUCACUGCAUAUAACCUACCUCCUUGGAUGUGUAUGAAACAAUCCUAUUGCAUGAUGUCGUUGUUGAUACCUGGUCAUAAAGCUCCAGGAAAUGAUAUUGACGUAUACUUGCAGCCUUUGGUAGAGGAGCUUAAAGAAUUAUGGAUGGAGUACAAAGGGAGCAUUAGCAUGUCCUUCAUGCAAUAAGGAGACUCAUUCCGUUAGAUUGAAAAAAGGGUGUAAGUUUUCUUACAUGGGUGCUAGACGGUUUUUACCUUCUGAUCAUAAAUGGCGCGAUAAUAAGUGCUCAUUUGAUGGAAAGGUAGAAAAAAGAUCUCCUCCAACACAAUUAUUUGGUGAUCAGGUGCUGAAACAACAUGAAGGGCUUGUAUUCGAUGAGUUCGGAAAAGGGAAAACAAAGGACGGUCUGAAUGCUCGGCGCGAUUUGGAGCAUAUGAAAAUACGAAGAAAGUUGCAUCCGGUGGAGGAAGAUGGGAAAUGGAAAUUGCCACCUGCAUGUUACAGUUUGCUUAAAGAAGAAAAGAAGAGGUUGUGUACAUUUUUGAAGAAAGUAAAAGUUCCAGAUGGGGUUUUCUCGAAUAUUUCAAAUUGUGUGAGGCUGAAAGAUCGAAAGAUAUUUGGUCUAAAGAGCCAUGAUUCCCAUAUUAUCUUGGAGCGUCUCCUUCCUCUUGCUUUACGUGGAAUUGUUCGUCCAAGUGUUUAUGAUGCCAUCACAGAAUUGUGCAUAUAUUUUAGAGAGUUGUGUUCAAGGGAACUAAGUGUAGAUGUGCUUAAACACCUUGAGUCUUCG